AUGGCUGCCCUGCAGGAGAAGAAGACAUGCGCCCAGCGCAUGGAGGAGUUCCGCCACUACUGUUGGAACCCGGACACCGGUCAGAUGCUGGGUCGCACACCAAUCCGCUGGGUCUGGAUCAGCCUGUACUACGUGGCCUUCUAUGUGGUGAUGACCGGGCUGUUCGCGUUGUGCCUCUACGUGCUCAUGCAGACCAUCGACCCCUACACGCCCGACUACCAGGACCAGCUGAAGUCACCAGGUGUGACCCUACGGCCGGACAUGUAUGGGGAGAAAGGCCUGGAUAUCCACUACAACAUCUCCGACAACAGCACCUGGGCUGGCCUCGUACACAUGCUGCACAGCUUCCUGGCAGGUUACUCACCUGCUGCCCAGAGGGACAACAUCAACUGCACCUCCAAGACCUACUUCUUCCAGGAGACCUUCGGGGCCCCCAACCAUACCAAGUUCUCCUGCAAGUUCACAACAGACAUGCUGGGGGGCUGCUCGGGCGUCAGGGACCCCGGCUUUGGCUUCCAGGAGGGGAAGCCCUGCUUCCUCAUCAAGAUGAACAGGAUCGUCAAGUUCCUGCCCAGCAACAGUACACCUCCCCGUGUGGACUGCAGCUUCCUGGAUGAGCCCCACCGGGAGCCGCUGCAGGUGGAGUACUACCCGCCCAAUGGCACCUUCAGCCUGCACUACUUUCCCUACUAUGGGAAGAAGGCACAGCCACACUACAGCAACCCUCUGGUGGCCGCCAAGCUCCUCAAUGUGCCCAAAAACACGCAGGUCGUGGUUGUCUGCAGGGUCCUGGCUGACCAUGUGACCUUUGACAACCCCCAUGACCCUUACGAGGGCAAAGUGGAAUUCAAGCUCCAGAUUGAGAAGUGA